AUGGAAUUUUAUAAGAACUUUUGUUCACAUUUUACAAAUACCUUUAAUGGUGAAUAUUUUUUUGACUUAAAGGGUAGUACAAAAAUUAAUGAUAAUGACAUUGCGAAUUUUAUUAAGUCUAAUGAUUUGUGUGAAAAUGAUAAGAAGAUAGUGGAAUUAUAUAUUGAGAAGAAAAUAAAUAAGAUUAUGUUAAUAAAAUAUAUGGAAAGUAAAAACAAAACUUUAUUUAGAGGAAAGAUACAUUUAAUGUUAGUAUUUAUAUCACCAUUAUGGAUUUUUUAUAUGUUAUAUUUAUCAAAAACAUUAACAGCAAGAAUAUUUACCUCUAUAGCUGUACUAUGUAUUUUCUUUAAUUUUUUUGCCUCCUUUUUACUGCACAAUUUUGAAUGGAAACCCAAAUUUUUUUUUAUAAUUGAAAAGAUGGAUCAUUUCGGAAUUUUUCUAAUGAUUAGUGGAUCCUUGUUACCAGUUCAAGCUUUAUUGUUUAAUAAAAUGAAGUUAUUAUUUUUUAUUUCUCUUCAAUUUCUUGCAAUAUUAUUUGGAUGCCUUAUCGUUUUCUUUAGUUGUUUCUCAACGGGAAAUAGAUUUAUAAGGUCCCUGAUUUUUACAUUUGCUGGAUUACUACAUAUUAUUUUUAUUAGAGAUUAUGUAUCAUUAUUAUAUGGAAACGAAUUUAUUCUUUUAAUACUUCUAGGUGUUUUAUAUGUUAUAGGAGCAAUUAUAUAUUCUGUGAAAAAGCCAAAUAUUUUUCCAGGUAUUUUGGAAUUUCAUGAAGUUUUCCAUAUUUGUUGUCUAGGAAGUGCUGUAUGCACAUUUGUCCUAAAUUGUAGUGUUAUUAAAAGAACAUAA